AAUGCGAGGCAAAGAGAGAUAGAAAGUCAACAAGAAAAGGACAGACUAGAGGAGGAAGAGAGACAGAAACAACUGGAAAAGCAGAGGCAGGAGGCCAAACAAAAAGAGGAUCUUAAAAAAGAACUUGAAAGACUUAAAGAGAUCUCAAGACAAAGAGAGAUUAAAAGUCAACAAGCAAAGGAGAGACUAGAGGAAAAGAGACAAAAAGAGAUGGAGAAAACAAGAAAGCACAAGCAUGAAAGACAGGAAGUGGAUCAGAGGCAGAUAGAACAAGAGAGUGAGGAAGAAAGAUGUAAAGAAGGCCUGCCGAAGAAAUCCAAAAGACGUCAAGAAAAUGAGAGGGAGAGAGACAUUGAGAGACUGCAAGUACAUGAAAAGUAUCCGUUGAGACAGACCGAGUCCCUGCAGCGGGAACUUGAAAAUGACCUGGAACUUGUACAAUGCACAAAGGCUGCUGGACCAAGGAUCGCUGAGCAAGAAAUAGAGGAUACAAAACCUAGAAAAGAGGUGGAAAUAUCAGAGAAGGAGAGAGUUAAGGAGGAAAGACAGGGGGAGGUGGGAAUAAUACGACAAAACGAUGAAAACCAGCAGCGAGAGAUUCAACAGAAAUUGCCAAUCGAGAAAGACAUGGUUGAUGGAAAAGAAAUGAAACCAACUGAGAACGACAGGGAACAGGAAAGACAACGGCUGGAGACUGAAAGACAAGACGAGGAGCGAAAAAGACAGAUGGAAAUUAAAAUGGAGGACAGGAGGCAAAGAGAGGAGAAGAGGAAAGCUUUAGAGCUAAGAUGGAGACAAAAAGGAGACAGGAGAUGGAAAGAGAAAGAAUUGAAGAGACAGAAAGAGCUUGAGAAUAAAGCAGCGGAAGCGCUAAAACAACCCGAGGAGAAAAGCGAAGAAGAGAAAUUGAGGGAAGGGGAAGAAAAAGAGGAGGAAAGACUAAGAGAGAUGGAUAAAAUACAGUUGGCCAAAUUGUUCGACAUGAAAGAGAAAGCUGCAGACGACUAUUGGCUCCAAAAAGCAUUCGACUUACAAAUAGGUUUAGUCAAAGAUAGGGAGAAAAUUAUGAGAGAGGACAAGAAAAUGAAAGAGUUAGAGAAGAGAUGGGAGGAGGAUGACAAACAACGGAAGGCUUGCCAACAACCCUUCGAUGCAGAGGCAAAUAAAUGGUGGGAAGAGAAUCUGCGACGGUCAGUCAAGAUGAGAACGGAGAGAAAAGCUGGGAGACUCGUCGAGCUGAAGAAGCAGCAGAACAUUCAAGAGGAGCAGAGACAACAAGUAAAAGAGGAUGAAAUAAAACCGAAAAUCACAGAAGAGAAGGUUACGGAGGAAAGGGUCUGUAAGGAUGAGUCAAAGGAGCCAGAUAAGGAAGAGUCAGUGGAGGAGUCAGGGAGGAAAGAGUCAGAGAAUAAAGAGUCAGUGGAGUCAGAGAGGAAAGAGUCAGAGAAGGGAGUGUCAGUGGAGGAGUCAGAGACAAAGAAAAAGAAGAAGGGUUUCUUCAAGAAGCUUGGGAAGUUUUUUCAAAGAAAAGAUCGGAAAAAACAGGAGAAGGUUGUGGAUAAAAAAGUCUGUGAGGAUGAGUCAGAGGAGUCAGAAAGAGAAGAGCCACAAGGAGAAGAGUCAGAGGGAGAAGAAUCAGAGGGAGAAGAGUCAGAGGGAGAAGAGUCAGAGGAAGGGUCAGAGGAAUGGUCAGAGGAAUGGUCAGAGGAUGAGUCAGAGGAAGAGUCAGAGAAAAAGAAAAAGAAGAAAGGUGGUUUCUGGAAUAAGAUCUUGCACUUCUGGGAAAUCAAAGAUCAGGAAGAGCUGGAUGAAGAAAGGAGAGCCAAACUGUCAGCAUUUGCUAACUAUGUGGAUGGUUUACAAAAGGCCAACUAACAAGAUGUAUCCUAACCCACAGGGCACAAAAAAAUAAAAAUAUAUGUUUUUAAAACAAGCAACAAAUAAAUAACU